AUGUCACAACAACGCGACCCAAUCACAUGUCACAUUCUCGAUACAACAGUAGGUCUCCCAGCACGCAACGUCAUUGUUCAAAUACAUCGCGUUCGCGAAGUUGAAGACAUGUCCAACACCGACACUCCCGACUCAACUAAAUCAACUAAAUCAGCUAAAUCAACUGCUGUCGAUUAUCAAGUAGACCCCCCAUUCGCAAGAGCUAAAACUAAUGAUGAUGGCCGUGUCGUCAACUGGGUAUUUGACCCCAGUUUGCAACGUGAUCAAGAUGCAAGUUUCGCUACGACUGGGGUGCGUGAUGGGAAAUGGGUCAAGUUGGUGCCUGGAUUGUACAAGAUCAAGUUUUUGACAGGAAAGUAUUUCAAGGACUUAGCUAUUGGUGGUGGUGGUGGUGGUGGUGUUACCGCCAGUGCCGGGAGGACGUUUUUCCCUGUUGUUGAAGUUGUUUUUGAAGUUGAUGACUUGCUGCAUUACCAUAUCCCGUUGUUAUUGAGCAACUACUCGUAUAGUACGUAUAGAGGUAGCUAG